GCCAAAUAAAUGUGUCUUUGUUGCGUCAUCAAAAGGCGACUAUGUUCAGCCGUAAAUAUCGGGAAUGGAGUCGGAGCGGCAUGGAAAAACACCCCAGAUAUUUUUUUAAAAAUUGUAAGAUUUAUACUGAUCGCACAGAGUUAUAUUUUACAAGUCAAUUUCUCAUGUUCCGCGUAUUGUUCUCAAGCCAUAAAGCAGAGAAAAAUUGCUACAACGCGCUAAAGAUUGAUCAAAUAUUAAAUCCUAUAUUUUGGUGUGGUAAAUUAGACAUUUAAGACGCUCGUGACAUUCAGAUGCCUGUUGAGCGAGUAUAACUGAAUAUAAGAUGCAGGAUUACAGUGUGAUGAGGGAGGUCAUUUUGUACCUGCUUUGAAAACAUCGAUGUGAUUUCCGGGGCAUUCUGGAGAAACAAAGAUGGUGCAGUCUUUGGUGAAGCUGUGCGCCCGGGAGGUGGUGAGUGACCACAGCUCCUCGCCGUGUUGGUUGAGUUGUGUGCCGCGGGAGCUCUACCGAGCGUUACUGGACGCCGCCUUCACCCACUGCCGUCCUCUAGCUGUCGGUGAGCUCGUCCAGCGGUGGCCCGAGAGAACACUGACCGUUGGAGGCAGCAGAAAAGCGGACGAGUGUCCCCCGAACCGCCUCUGCGUCCAGGCUCUGCUGCUGGCUGUGGUCAGGGGACUGACGGACAAGAGGUGUUGCCUGCAGAUACUGGAUCUCAGUGGACUUCAGUGUGAAAAUGGGAGAGUUGAGGACUCGAUGGGCGGAUGGUCCCUCAGUGUUGCCCUUUGCUCAAUGGUGCUACAAGCUCGAGCUGCUGCCUCCAGGGCUCACAGGAGAGAUGGAGAAAGAGAGAGAAAAAGAGGACUGGAAGCAGAACGCAACCGGGGCUCUAUCAAACGAGACCGGGGCAAGGUAGUGUCUGGGAAUAGUGGUCAAGGGAGUCAGGGAGGACACGAAGCGCAAGAAGUAGAGAAGAUGGAGUGCAAAACUAAUGAACGGAUGUUACCAGAAGAUGAGUCCGUGAAGGGUGUUAGGAGGAGGAUGGAGAUCCAGAGAAGAAAGACUUUAUCCGAGGGGAAAUCAAACACCAGCAGUAAUAACAGUAGUUUAUGCGACCAAGACUGGGACGAGGUAGUUGUGGUCCAUGUCAGGACUGACCUUUUUGUCAAUUCUCGUUCCUGGGAGCGUGUCCGUGAUGCCCUUAGUCAGCCAGGUCCACUACGGCUCCACUGCCGCUACCUCCGCGUGGAGGAACUCUCGGCACCCUCCAUAGCUUGCUUGUUGGGUCUCUUGCCUCAGCAAAAUCUGCUAGGUGUGGACAUCCGCUACUCCAGCCUUGGGGCGUCAGGCCUGGCUAUGCUGCUUCCACUGUUAGCACCUUUUCCUCACCUGCACUCUCUGAGACUGCAUUACUGUAACUUGGAUUUACAGCGAGCACAGCCUGGCCAGCAGGGGGCACUUCAGGACAUGUCUAAAGGACUGAGUUCACUGAAGAAACUAAAGAGAUUAUGCCUGACUGCACUCCGACUGCCAGGACACCUGCGCCUGCUGCUCAGCUCUCUUUCCCAGCCUCUGGAGGUGCUGGAGCUGCCAUACCUGUGCCUGACCUCCACGGACCUGGCCUACCUCUCCUGCAGCCAGCACGCUCCAUUCCUGAGAGAACUUGACCUGAGCGAGAACUGGCUCGAUGAAUCGUCCCUGCCCUCUCUGCGCCGUCUCUUAGCUCAAGCCCAGAACUCUCUGUGCCAGCUUUCACUCUGUGGUUGUGGUCUCUCAGACACUCUCCUGGGUGCUCUUCUUCCCUCCCUGUCCUGCUGUCGGGCUUUACGUAGCUUAAGACUGGCCUUAAACCCGCUCUCUAGGACGGGACUGCUUUCCCUGGCCCGUACAGCGGCAGGAAUGCCUUCUCUUCGUCUGCUGCUCUAUCCCAAUCCACUAGAGGAAUAUGAGCCUGGUCUGCCGGCUCUCCCCUCCAGUGCUCAGCUGCUGGAUUGGCGUCUGUUAGAGGAGUCUGAGGACAGGGACUUGACUAGGAGGUUGCUGGAAGAGGUUCUGAACUUGAGAGGACGAUCCCGGGACCUUCUAGUGACUUCUGACCUUUUAAAUCAUAGUCCAGACUUAACUGUGGAUGAUUAGAGGGUGAAUGUCCCAGAACCCACUCUCUUAAUAAGUGACUAUCAAAACUAUUCUUAAACUAGUACUUUCAGAAUGUUUGAACCACUCAUAGGGAAUGUACUUGUGGUAGUUUAUACACACAAUCUAAAAAGGCCAGCUAGCGGAAACUUUAUCGUUAUAUUAUAUGCAGUUUCUCACAUGAAAUGAGUUUGAUUUGUAUUUGUUUGUUAUCCAUUACAUAUGGUUUUAUUGCUUUAUAUGGCAAUGUUUAUGGCAAACACAGAUAGAAGGAACAUGAACACUUCUAAAAAGUUUUUUUAACUCGUGUGUCCUUUUCUGAAUUUUUUUAUGCUACCAGUAAUAAUAAUAACAACUAAUUUUGGUAUUUUAUCAGGGCAUUUUUGCCAGUCUAAUUUAACCUGACAAUUUUCAAUGUCUCAUAGUGGAAAUCAAGACCUAAACGGAUAAUUUACUGGGAAAAUGUAAAACUUGCCCUCUAAAUGAUUGUAUGACUUCAUAAAGAACAUUCAGACAUAAUUUCUAACUGUCCUUUAAUGACUUUGGUGUUCAAUUAACGUUCACAGACACAGAAUUAAACCAGUUUGUGAACGUUCCCAUGCAACCUGUAACUUAUAUAUA